CAAAAUAUCAACAGAUGAAUCUUAUCGGUCGUUUGACAUUGCGUGUAAAUAGUUGCAUGGAUCAACAAUGUCAAGUCCAUAUAAAUAUUUGAAAAUUGAAAAUUUGGGUAAACUUCGAAAGAUUACCAUAAGCAAUCCCAAACUCAAAAAUGCAUUGAAUUUGCAAGCAUAUGAAGAAUUGACGGAUGGUCUAAACAGAGCUGCCACAGAUGACUCUGUGUCGAUAGUGGCAAUAACAGGUGAUGGGGACUAUUACAGCUCAGGAAAUGAUAUUAAACACUUUUUAACUGUAAUCGAUCCAGAAAAGGAGCUAAUAAGGGCGAAUAUUGUCUUAAAAUCGAUGAUUCAAAGCUUCUACACAUUCCCAAAAUUGUUGGUUUGCGUUGUGAAUGGGCCAUGCAUUGGCAUUGCAUGUUCAACAGCUGCUCUUUGUGAUGUAAUCUAUGCAGUGGAUACAGCCUAUUUCUACACUCCCUUCUCGCUACUUGGACUAUGUGCUGAGGGAUGCGCUUCGUACACAUUUUCACGCAUUCUCGGCAAAAGCAAAGCCAAUGAGAUGCUACUCUUGAACCAUAAACUAACAGCAGCCGAAGCGUUGCAAUUCAAUUUUGUGGCAAAAGUUUACACAAAAUCUGAAUUGGACACAGUGCUAUGGCCGAAAAUCCGUGAGCAAUCAGAAUUGUCAAGAGAAUCAAUUUGUGUAACAAAGAAGUUGCAAUCGAAAUUCGAUCAAAAAAGCUUGGAGACGGCAUGCGAUGCAGAGUUGAAGGAGCUGUACAAACGUUUCUCUACCGACGACUUUAUACAAGCCGUUGUCAAUUUUAUACAACGCAAAUCUAAACUCUAGCCUAGAGUCUUUAGGUGAACUUUGAACGCCCUUUUGAACCGUCUACACUCUUCUUAUCAUGGAGAUUUUUCCCUAUGAAUUUCGUCCAAUCAUUUUUUUUUAAAUCAUGUGGCAUUUUAAGAAUAAAAUAUUCUGUGGUGAUAGGAACAAUAAAGCAAAUCGAUUUUAUGAA